AUGUCGUCGCAAUCCGACUCUGAUGUCAGCUUAACUCGGACGAAGGGAUGCCUAAAGAGUAGUAGAACAAGUCCGAAGAAGGAGAAGGAACACCCUCACGUUGCGUGGUGUAGUGAAGAUGAAGGCCUCGAGCACGUUUAUACGGCAGACGAUUGGGAUAGGACUGCCGUUGAGCCUGCGCAUCAGCCGCUGAGCGAUAGUGACAUAUUGGAGCUGAAAGCGAUCCAACAAACGCUUCCACUGGCUCAUCAGUUACCGGAUCCGUAUACUGGGAAACCGGGAAAACAGUAUUUGACGAGGGUGCCGAUUGUGUUGUUGCCGUUGGGUCCUUCGUAG